GAUAUGCUAAACGACGUAGUUUUAAGCGAAUCGUUUGGCCUUUUUAUUCCUCACACUGUCAAAAACCCUAGAUAGGUUUGUGAUAGUGAUUGCCUCCCUCUGCUGCCGUCCCUAAUCUGAAGGCUCCCGCCAUCUGCGAUCGGAUUUCAUGGCUCCAAAGAAGGACAAGGCUCCCCCACCUUCAUCCAAGCCUGCCAAGUCUGGCGGUGGCAAGCAGAAGAAGAAGAAGUGGAGCAAGGGUAAGCAAAAGGAAAAGGUGAAUAACAUGGUGCUCUUCGAUCAGGGUACCUAUGACAAGCUCCUCUCUGAGGCACCCAAAUACAAGCUCAUUACUCCUUCCAUUCUCUCUGACCGUUUGAGGAUUAAUGGAUCACUUGCAAGGAAGGCUAUUAGGGAAUUGAUGGCUAGAGGUUCAAUCAGGAUGGUGUCUGCCCAUGCAAGUCAGCAGAUUUACACUAGAGCUACAAACACCUAGAUGUACUGGUUAUAAUUUAUGUAGUAUUGAUGCACCUCUGAAGUGAAAUUUUGUUUUUUCUGUUUGAGACGUACCUCAUGCUAGAUUGCAUCAGUUCGACAGUUGCUAAAUUCAUGGUUUAUUUCCUUUUACAUCCUUCUUGGUAAUAUAUUUGGCACAAGGCUUUCAUAUUUUA